AUGAAUUCUGAGGAGAAAAACCAAAAUAUUGCAACCUCCCAAGAGAGCGACGGACACGAUACACACGCAUUACAUCAUCGUCAUCAGAAACCUGAAUAUAUUUUAGAUACCAUUAACACAAACAACUAUGUUCUUCACGCCAAAGACGAACCUAAUAGUUCUAAUAAUGAUAACAAGACUGACCCAGAUUUUGAAGUUGAUUCCCAUAUAGAAAACAAGUCCGUUUCUAAGGAAGCAUGUGACUUGGAAUUAGGACAAGUGGUGUCCGGAUCAGAAAGCGAAUCAAAGCAAAAUGACAGCAGUGGUGGUGAGGAAGAAAGGAAAAAAUCAGUUUUUAAAAGCUUGGGAUUUAUAGACAGGUUUCUAUAUAUCUGGAUCUUUUUGGCUAUGGCGGUGGGAAUUAUUAUAGGAAACUUUGUUCCAAAUACUGGCCAUGCUUUGGAAAAGGGCAAGUUUGUUGGCGUUGCUGUUCCUAUAGCUAUUGGGCUUAUUCUCAUGAUUUACCCUAUUUUAUGCAAUAUUGAAUACGAAGUACUGCAUCAUGUUUUUGCUCAAAAGAAAAUCUGGACACAAUUAGCUUUUAGUUUAUUUGUAAACUGGAUUAUCGGUCCUUUCCUUAUGAUGGCAUUAGCAUGGGCAUUUCUUCCAGACAAACCAGAGCUUCGAGAAGGUCUCAUUUUGGUUGGACUUGCUAGAUGUAUUGCCAUGGUUUUAAUCUGGAAUGGCCUUGCAGGAGGCGAUAGCCACUACGGUGCAAUUUUGGUCUCUGUUAAUUCCAUUCUUCAAAUGAUCCUUUACGCACCAUAUUCUCUUUUACUUAUUAAAGUCAUUAGCAGAUCUGAAACUGAGUUUAUUUUUUCUUAUUCCGAUAUCGCAAAAAGUGUCGGUGUCUUUUUAGGGAUACCCUUGGCCGCAGGCCUUGUUACUCGAUUCGGGUUUCGAAGACUCGUGGGUGCCAACUGGUACGACAAUGUAUUUAUGGAAUGGAUGGGCACUUUAUCUUUAAUCGGACUUCUUUUCGUUAUUUUGGUUCUUUUCGCUUCUCAAGGUGAGCGUGUGGUUGACCAAAUUGUAUCAGUUGUACGAGUUGCUGCACCCAUGUUUUGUUAUUUCAAUUUGAUUUUCUUUUCAACACUAGCGGUAUCAUACAAAAUGAACUUUGGCUACAAGUUAUCAGUGACUCAGAGUUUCACUGCUUCAAGUAAUAAUUUUGAACUGGCAAUUGCAAUUGCUGUGGCUACAUUCGGUCAUGACAGUAAUCAAGCGCUGGCAGCUACUGUCGGACCUUUGAUGGAAGUUCCAUGUUUACUAGGCCUUGUCUAUGUUGUGAGAUACAUUGGCACUCGGAAAAACUGGAACGAUUAA